UUUCACAGCUAGAUUGCUUGGAUAUAGGUCGAAUUUAUAAUGAGUUCCUGUUCAAUUGCCCUCCGAAAACUGGAAGCAAUCGGGUUACCCCACCUUGACAUCCCGAACGGAAACUGACGUUUUGGAGGGGUAAACCUACGAGAUCGCCGGCAUUUUACCUUGAUAUUAUAUCAGGGCUGCUCAGGGAGCUCUAGAAAUCGAGUUUCCGGUCUAUUGCGCCGUAAAGUACCCGGGACGGCACAUCGAUGUACCUGGGUUUAGUGGCCACUAGUGAGAAGGCAAAAGGUCAAGAGACCCAAAAAAAGCUUCGACUAGGGAGUUUAUAGACGAUACAAUUUACUUCUCGAAAUAAUCCGGGUCACACCUGAGGCAAGCCUCCAUAAUAAAUUCUCGGCCGUUCUGCGCUGCUGCGUCACCGUGGAUCUGAUCUGACCCAACAUAACUGGGUAACCCCUCCAAAACAUGCCCCCCUCCUUCUUUCCUUCUUUCAACUAAUUUUUCGUCGUUGCUGUUUUAAUUCCCUCAGACUUCUCACCAAUUUUAAAACAAGCGAUACAUUUAAACCAUCAUUCUUAUUUCUCACACUAACAAUCGAACCAUCUAUUCCCUACGUAAACCUCAUACACUUAUAUCUCGCCAAUUGUCCUGAAUAACUAUAGUCAUAAUGGGGUUAAUGGAUAAGCUGAACCUGAAGCCUGGUGUUAUCUACGGCCAGGAUGUUCAAAAGGUAUUUCAAUAUGCCAAAGAGAACGAGUUCGCUCUCCCCGCCGUCAACGUGACAUCAUCCUCCACCGUCAAUGCUGUCCUUGAAGCAGCCAAGGAGUCUCGAUCUCCCGUUGUUAUCCAGGUCUCCAACGGAGGAGCUGCCUUCUUCGCGGGCAAGUCCAUUCCCAAUGGCAACCAAGAAGCCUCUGUCGCCGGUGCCAUCGCCGCGGCACACUUCGUCCGCUCAGUUGCCCCUGUCUACGGCGUCCCCGUUAUUCUACACAGUGACCACUGCGCCAAGAAGCUGCUCCCGUGGUUAGACGGCAUGAUCGAUGCCGACGAGGCCUUCUUCAAGGAGAACGGCACCCCCCUCUUCAGCAGUCACAUGAUCGAUCUAUCAGAGGAGGACCUCAAGUACAACAUUGAGACAACAGCCAAAUACCUCAAGCGAUCUGCGCCGUUGAAUCUGUGGUUAGAAAUGGAAGUUGGUCUAACAGGUGGUGAAGAAGACGGUGUCAACAACGAGGACGUUGACAACAACUCCCUAUACACACAACCCGAGGAUAUCCUUGCCAUCUACGAGGCCCUCAGCCCUAUCUCCAGCCUCUUCAGCAUCGCCGCUGGUUUCGGAAACGUCCACGGUGUCUACCAGCCUGGAAAUGUCAAGCUUCACCCCGAGCUGCUCGGCAAGCACCAGGCCCACGUUGCCAAGAAGCUGAACGACGGCCAAGCCAAGCCCGUCUUCUUCGUCUUCCACGGCGGCUCUGGCUCCAGCAAGAACGAAUUCCUCGAGGCCAUCGCUCACGGUGUCGUCAAGGUCAACCUCGACACAGAUCUCCAGUGGGCUUACCUAACCGGUCACCGUGACUUCAUUGUGAAGAACAUCGAGUACUUGAAGACUCAAGUCGGUAACCCCGAAGGCCCCCACAAGCCGAACAAGAAGAAGUACGACCCCCGUGUGUGGGUACGAGAAGGCGAGAAGACCAUGAAGGCCCGUGUUAUCGAGGCUUUCGAAGAUUUCCGCACGGCCGGAAAGCUAUAAGCAAUUACCUGGGUACUUAUCGGAGUAGCGGGGUAGUGGGAGCAUUCGCCAGGCAUAGUUCUGUUACUGGAUAGUGUCGAGUAACCAAAAAUACCAAAAUAGUCUAACUCGAAUAUUCGCAAUUGUCUUCUGUCAUGUGAUUUUAGCUACGGUUUCGGUGUUGCACGUAUACGUCUAAUCUUAUCGUACCUACCAAGCAUUUAGUUCCACGUACGAAUUGUACCUAUUCCCAGUCCCCCUGUCGUGCGAGCAUAGCAUUCCCGACUUCUCCAAUAACGGUAGCCGAGGCCCGGGAUCGCCCACGAUAGCCAAGGUUCGGGUCGGGAAAGAUAAUUCCAUCAACCAUUAGUCUCGGAAUCAGUAUUAGACGAUUUGUUAAUUGAUCCGUGGUAUAAUACACAUUUUAAAUGUUGUGUAACUAUUAUCUAAUGCG